CGCGUAGAGGAACCCUUCCAUUAUCACCGACGCGGAAACGGGAACGAAAGAAAUUCUUCCGUGUAUGAAACGGUUUACCAAACACCCCUAGACCCCGACCUUCGAAGAAAACUGAAAAGCAAGUCGUCGUUCUCGCAAUCAGCUGGUUUUCUUCUCUCCUAUUCUGUUUUCCACCGGCUGUUGUUGCGAUCCACCGAUCGUGUCCAGCAUCUGUUUCUUCGAUUUGAUUCUCUCCGGUAAGAUUUUUCGUAGCACUCUCCUCCCGUGGAGAGACGGCUGAUCUCGCCGGAGCCAUCGUGCUCUAGGGUUUUGAUUUUGAUUGUGGUUGUGAUUGUACUCGAGAACUACUCGAUCGCAAUAGAUUCUUUUGUUCCCUCAAGCUCCUUGUGGCUUGUUUUUGUCCGUGAUAAUUCUGUUGAAUUCUGCUACUGUGGGUUCUAGUUUUUCUGCUUAUUUCCCUCUUUCUGCGUUCUGUUUGUCUGAAAGAUCUGGUUUUGAUUGUAUUGUUGGAGAAGAGUGCGAGGUAGAGAUUUAGGGAAGGAAAGAAGAAAGAACAAAAUAGAAGAGGCAAAUUGUCGAAUUGUUGAUUCUUUGUCUAGGAGGGGUUCAGGAACUUUUGAAGUUGUGCUAUAUUGAGUUUGUGUUUUUUUUUUUAUUAUUGAGAGGAAUUUUUGGUUCUGAAUAAUAUGGCGGCAGGGCAGGUACAUGUUGCGAGAAGAAGAGAUUAUAAUGGUUACUUCAAAAGUGAAACCUACCACCUUAAGAAUGGGGCAAGGGGGCACUGUGUCUCCUCUAGAAUCAGCAGUUCCUCGAGUAAAAGUGCUGGUUUUAGCUGUGGAAAGGAGAAGCUGGAUCAUAUUAGGAAUGAGAAAAAUCCCCUCGAUUCCUUGAGGCUCGAAGAUGGUGAAAUAUCGCAUCCACAAAAGAAGAGGAAGUUUUCUCCCAUUGUUUGGAAUAUAGAAGACAAUGGAGAGGUUUCACCGUCUACUCCUCAUUCCUUAAGAGGAUGUGGCGACCAAGGAAUGAGCACUGAUUGUGACAGGAAUGGCCUAGAUGUCACUGUUAUUAUUCAGGAUCAGUAUCAAGGGAAGACAGAGGAUCUUGUCCAAGGGCGGAACAUUUCAAUGUCGCGGUGGUCUUUUGACAGUGAUUGUUUAUCUGAUGAUGAAAUGCCACAGAACGAAGAUGUGCCAAGAAAAAGUUCCAGUCCAUCUUCUGGAUUGGUUGAGAUGGGAAGUGCUGGAGGUGGUGAAGAUGCUCCGAAUAAACUGGAGGAUGUAGCUAUCACUAGUGGGAAUGAUAGUUGUUGCUUGAAAGAAGUAUGUUCUGAUGAUGAGUCCGAGUUUACCGAAGAUAUUUUAGUGGCUGAUAAAAGAAGGGUGAAUAUGCUUCAAUGUUGUAGAAGUGUGUCAGAGUAUGAGAGGCUGAAUGCAAUUAAUGAGGGCACAUAUGGAAAAGUGUACAAAGCCAAAGAUAAGAAGUCGGGGGAAGUUGUGGCUGUGAAGAUGGUGAAGAUGGACCAUGGGGUAGAGGACCACGGCUUUCCGGUGUCAUCUUUAAGGGAAAUUAACCUUCUUUUUGGUUUACAACAUCCUUCAAUUGUACAAGUGAAAGAAGUUGUCAUGGAUGACCGUGAUAACGUUUAUAUGGUUAUGGAGUACAUGGAACAUGACCUGAAGGAGCUUACACAAGGCAUGAAACAGUCUUUCAGUACAAGUGAGGUUAAGUGUUUGAUGUUACAGCUGUUGGAAGGUGUGAUGUAUCUUCACGAUAAUUGGAUUAUUCAUAGGGAUUUGAAGACCUCUAACCUUCUACUGAAUAAUCAAGGUGAUUUGAAAAUAUGUGAUUUUGGGAUGUCACGCCAAUAUGGAAGCAGCCCAUCAAAGCCUUACACUUCUCUUGUGGUGACUUUAUGGUACAGGGCUCCGGAACUUCUACUUGGAGCAAAGCAAUAUUCAACUGCAGUGGACAUGUGGUCAGUGGGUUGUAUAAUGGCUGAGCUUUUGGGGAAAGAACCACUUUUCAAUGGAACAAAUGAGUUGGGGCAACUUAAGAAGAUAUUUGGAAUUCUUGGCACGCCAAAUGAGGAUAUAUGGCCUGGUUUUUCCAAGUUGUCUGCGGCAAAACCAAUAUUUACUCAGCAACCGUAUAAUUUACUUCGCAAGAAGUUUCCUGCUGCAUCCUUCACUGGAUCUCCAGUUCUUUCCGACUUGGGGUAUGACUUGUUGAGCAAGCUUCUGUCCUAUGAUCCAAACAAGAGAAUAACAGCAGAUGCUGCCAUUGAUCACCCUUGGUUCCGCGAGGUUCCGCUUCCCAAAGCCAGGGAGUUCAUGCCUACCUUCCCCCCUCAGAUUUCGAGGAAGGUUAGGGAGUUGGUCUGAUUUAUGUCAUACAGUUCCAGGAUCUCACUUAGUGUGUGGUUGUCACGAAAUGUUUAGGUCCUUCCAAGGUCGACAGUGAGCUGCUUGUUCAUAUCAGGGUAUUUUAAGAAAAGUAUAUUGUUGGAUUGUGAAACACAAAUUGAAAAGCUGUUGGCAACUGUUUUCGAAGCUACGAGUCACUGGAUGAAUCCUCUCCUACUGGUUUGGCUGACUUGUUUGGUCCAGUGCAAGAUUCUGCUGCAUUAGCUUUAACUCAUGCUAUCGAUGUCUAUACCCUUCUUCAUGAUAUACUGUCUCAUGAUGCACAAAUUAUGUUGAAGAACUACUUACAGACCGCAGCGAAGAAAAGGUGUCGUAAUCACACGAUCGAGACUGACGAAUAUGUUUCCUGCAAUUUCGAAGGCUUCCUCUUGGAAUCCAUAACUGUCUCGACCGCUUAUCUGAAGAUGAAAAAUCUGUGCUUGAACAUUAGCAAAGAAAUACAGGCAGACAUCAAAAUUCGCAAUCAGAACAUCUUCCCCAGCUCAUUGACCUGUCAAACAUCUCAGCUGCUGUUUACAGCACGGAAUUGUGUAGCAGGCUUAGAAGCUUUUUGUUGGCAGGCCUCCAAGUAGCCCGCAGCCACAUGUAAAUGAGCUUCUGAUAACAAUUGCUCUCUCUGAAAGAGACCUUGAUGUAUGGAAAAUCAGCUACAUUAUUGUGUGGGUACAAGAUAUUGAACUGAACUUGCUUGAGCUUUGCAAAGCAGAGAAGGUUCCAUGGGCUGGGGUAACAACAAAUCAAGUCACUUCUCCUUUUGCUGAAGAAAUGUAUGACAAAUGAUGAUGUCACAGCUCAUCGACAACAUAUCCAAUAUGUCUGGUGUCUUCUCCAGCCGGAUAUUCGUUGCAGCCUCUCGUGGAUUGUGGGAUAGAGUGGGACAGAUUGUACUGAAGUUUCUUGAGGGCAGAAAGGAGAACAGGGUUUGGUAAAAUGGCUCUUGCUAUGCUCUUGGGUUAACUGGAUGCAGAGGCUUCUCGGAAACUCACUGCAAGAUAAGGAUACAGAACAGAGCCGCCGCUAUCAGUAAUCGAAGCACGGUCAAUUCUCUGCAGAGAUUCUGCAAAUGCAGCAGACACUUCUACCUAUUUUUAUGUCUAGCUUUCCCCAAAUAAGACCUAGAAUGGGGGAAAUCAAUACAUGUAGCUUACUUGUAUAGUGAGGCAAUGGUUUCAUCAUUCUUUCAUGUAUAUAUUGUAAAUUGAUUUGAUCAUUGAUUCAUGUAUAUAUUGUAAAUUUUGAU